GCACACCCCUGUGCCAAGACCCCGAUGUGUGCGAUCCUAACAUUGAAAACCACAGGGGAUAGCAGCACUUCGCGUGUAUGGUAUUGCUGCAACACGAUCACAACACAACCAAAAGACAAGCUGGUAGCUGCACACACAAACGAGUCUCGGGGAAUUGCCACCACAACAGUUCCGUGGCGGAGAAAUACCGGCGGAAAAUCGGGAAAAUGUCCGGGACGGAGCUGCGGGCUCGACCACACGCAACGCGCGGCUACGAUGUCGGAGGGUGCAAGCGCGGGACCUGCCGACGCCUCACAGGCCUCACAGUCCUCACAGGCUAGUGCUGGCGGUCCUUCCUCUGCGGAUCAGGGAGCUGCCGCUGCAGACCCGAAGGCAACCGGCGAGGAUAUCGAUGAGAUGCUAGCCGCCAACGACCCCGUCAAAAACAGCAACGGCAAACGCGUGUACCCGGAGCCCAACUUCCCGAUCGAGCGCUGGAGUGACCAGCGGGAGUGCAACGGGUGGAUCUCGGGCAGCUGGAAGCUCCGUCCCAACAACGGCAGCAUCGUCCAGCAGCGCCCGUGCAUCCUGGUGCUGGACGACUUCAAGUGCCACAAGGACGAGGGUUUCAUCGCCGCCCUCAAGAGAGACGCCAACACCAUCGUCACCUUCAUCCCAGGCGGAUUAACGCCCUUGCUCCAACCGCUCGACCGCAUGCUCUACAGGCAGAUGAUGCGGCUGCUGCGGGGCAAGUGCACCGCCUACAGCGCGUCGGCGGUCGCAGACGCCCGGUCGGGGAAGAUGAAGCCACCGGAGCGUGGGAUCGUCUCGACGUGGUGCAAGGAAGCGUGGGAGUCCAUCACCCCCGAGACGGUGAAGACUUGCUUCAAGAUCAGCGCUCUCACGCUCGCGCUCGACGGCAGCGAAGGCCACGCCUGGUGCGAGCACAACUUCGGGGAAGACUGCCGCGACCUUCUCGAGGAGCAGCACGCCGUGUGGCUCGCUGAGCACCUCGACGUGACUCUCCCGCCGCUCAAGCUGCUAAAGGAACCAGGGGGGUGGACUCCAACCCCAUGUUCGUAUAUGUCCUUUACUUGGAAGGGGAAGACGUUUUAUCUCUUGUAUUAG